UGCUCUAAUGUGUUUCAGCAGCUAACCAAGUUUAGCAAGUUAAUUCAGUUUCUGGUUUUAUAGUGGCAUUUUCAUUAGUUUAGUUUAGUGUUUCGUUAGACAGCUGGGAGUCCAAACGAGUUUUAAAGUUAACGUUAUAUUGAAGUUUAACGGCGAAGCUAAGUUUUGAAGGCUACUUCUGGAUCAACAACAGUCUUCCUGUAGUGACUUCUGAAAUUCAUACGCCCGAAGUCCUCUGUGACCUUUGACCAAGACUGAUAAAUGGGCACAAUGGCUUUACAUACCCUGUCACUGAGAGCUCUGCUGGUUCUGGGGCUUUGGCAUACUGGGAGGAGAAGUCUAGCCUCAGCUCCAGAGCUGCAAAAUCAACCCAAAAAGAUCGCUGUGGUCGGAGCAGGCAUUGGUGGCACAGCAGCAGCAUAUUACCUGAGGCAGGAGUUUGGAACCGGGGUGAAGAUUGAUGUAUUUGAAUCCGGCCUUGUUGGUGGGCGACUAGCAUCAGUAAAGAUCAAAGAUUAUGAGUAUGAGAUGGGAGGCUCAGUGAUCCAUCCUUUGAACCUGCACAUGAAGCACUUCGUUGAAAUAUUAGGUAUUCCUCCAAGGAAAGACGUCCCCUCUAAAAUGGCAAUCUUUGAUGGAAAAGAGCUCAUGUUUGAAGAGAGUGACUGGUAUAUAAUCAAUUUUAUACGUAUGCUCUGGCGAUACGGAUUCAACCUUCUUCGAAUGCAGGUGUGGGUGGAGAGUAUUUUAGACAAAUUUAUGAGGAUAUACCAGUAUCAGCAGUAUGGUUACUCAUUCUCCAGUGUGGAGAGGCUCGUGCACGCCAUGGGCAGUGAUAGUUUUCUCACCCUGAUGAAUCAGACUCUGGAGGAAACCAUGAUGGGAGAAGGAUUUUCACAGGUUUUCCUCAAUGAUAUUGUUGCACCCAUCACUCGUGUCAACUAUGGCCAGAGUGUCCGCAUCAACGCCUUUGUAGGGGCCGUGGCAUUGGCAGGAGCAGAUUCAGGCCUCUGGGCAGUGGAUGGAGGUAAUAAGAGAGUUUGUUCAGGACUACUGUACCACAGUAAGAGUGAGCUCAUCCCUGCCAGAGUGACUUCCAUUUCAAUCAAGGUUCGACCUUCCAAGACAGGCGCCACAGCCAGCUUUUAUGAGGUCAGUUAUGUUGGAGAAUCAGGCUCAGCUCACUCUCUGUAUGAUGUUGUGGUGAUAGCGACACCACUUCACCAGGGGAUGUCAGACAUCACCUUUUCAGGAUUCUCCCCUCCAAUCCCAUCUCACUUCCCCGGGCGCUACCACCAAACAGUGUCCACUUUGGUCCACGGCUUGCUGAACAUGUCUUACCUAGGGGCCACAGGGCCGGCCUCAGCGUUCAAGGUGUCUGAGGUCCUCACCACGGAUUCAAAUGGCUCUUUUAUCAGUAGUCUGAGUUCUCUUGACCCCGUGCACAUCCCUGAAGACUACAAAAGGCCCCCUUCCAAUGAGACCAAAGUCUGGAAAGUGUUCUCUUCACAGCCGCUGUCUCAAGAGCAGCUGCAGAACAUAUUCCUCUCCUGGGAUUCAGUGACUGAGAAUCGCUGGCUAGCAUAUCCUGAGUAUCGCCUGCCGUCCCGUCAGAUCCCUCCCUUUAUCCUGCACAACCACCUAUAUUACCUUAGUGCUGUGGAGUGGGCAGCCAGUGCCAUGGAGAUGAGUGCCAUCUCUGCAAGGAAUGUGGCCCUGCUAGCACACAAUCGCUGGCAUGAACAGGACGGCAAGAUCGACCAAGAAGACCUGCAAACCCGACUAAGAGGGGAACUCUAAAGACUAGAGACAGAACUACUUGAGAUAAGAAUAAAAUACUGUAAAUCCA